AAGUCGCGUUCAGCUCCAAGGCGCCGUGGCGCACGGCGCCUGUCACUCGACUCGACUCAUGGAGCGACUGAGGGGAUGCGCCGUGCCGAGCGUGCCGCGCGUGCCGCGCGUGCCGCGCGUGCCGCGCGUGAGGGCAGCUGGCGUCGGGCCUUGGGCCUGGUGGCUGGGGCGCGCCAAGAGGAUCUUCGGCUCAGCGCUGUCAGCUUCAAAGCCACAUGCGUGCGAAGCAGCUGGCGGCAUGCCUUGCAGUCGCUAGACCUGGAGCAUUUUGACAUAGUAUUUGCAAACAUUGGGAUCUCUGCAGUUGGCAAAUCCAGAUGGCCAUUUGCUUUGGCUUUGAUCACGGGCAUUCGAGAUCGGGAGCUGGUUCCUGAUGUGGUCAGCUUCAACAGUGCAGCAUCUGGCUGCCAAGCAAAGUGGGAGCUGUCUUGCUUUCUGCAGUCGAUGUCGCCACGCAAGGACACGGUUGGUCACAAUGCUGUGAACAUAGCACUCGCCAGGGCAUGGCAGUGGCAGAGCAGCCUGUGCAUGGUUCACUUGAUGCCAGUCCUGCGACUGCAGCCGAACAUUCGGUGCUUGACAGGGGCGCUCAGCGCCUGUGAGCAGGCAAGCCUUUGGAAACGGGGCCUAUCUUUGGAAGUUUGGAGCCUGAGAAUGGAGCCCGACACGAUGUUCUGGAGCACUCUGCUGAGUUCCUGCGGCAAGGCUUCGCAGUGGCAGUUGGCCCUUGCCAUGUUGGCGAAAGCGUCGGCCCCCGAUGCGGUGCUGUACGCCACUGCCAUCAGCGCCGUCAACGCCGCCCGGAGCGACGGGAACGCCAACGGGACCGCCCGGGAUGCCGAGCUGAGCUCCGAGCUGAGCUCGGAGGGGUCGAGCUCGUCGAGCUCGUGGGAGGCGGCAGUGGCAGUGCUGGAGGACAUGAAGCGAACCGCGGUGCAGGUCACGGCGUCGGUGUUUCAGCUGGUGAUCCACAGUUGUCGCCCUCGGUGGCAGCUGCCAAUGCUCUUCCUGCAGGACAUGCAAACGCGGGUGGCGCUAGAUCAGGCGAGCCUCAAUGCAGCAAUUAGUGGCGCAGAUGCAGAAAACUGGGACAAGGCCCUGAUGUUGGCCGCGCGUUCCCAGAGCCGACUUGACCUCAUUGGAUCCAAUUCGGCGAUCUCUUCCUGCAGGGAGCGGUGGGAAGUGGCAGGCGAGUUGCUGUUCCAGCAGUCCAUCCACAACAUUGAGGCAGACGAGCUGAGCCUGAAUUCGAUGUUGGCCAGUUGUGCCAGUUGUGCGGUGUGGGCCGUGGCGGCGUCCACUUUGUCGACCAUGACCAUGAAUGUGCAGAAGGCUGUGCAGGCCAGCGAGUUCAGCCACAAUCUGGUCCUGAGUGUCCUGAGUGCCAGCGACAAAUGCUGGCGACCUGCUCUUGCAGGUUUUCAUGGGAUGCGCGCUCGGCAGCUGCGCCAAAACAGCAUCACUUUCAAUUCAGCCAUCACCUGCUGCGAAAGAGCGGGACAUUGGCAGCUAGCGUUGGAUAUUUUGCAGGAUAUCAGGCUUGCACCUGGCACAAUCACAUACAGCGCCGCAAUAAGUGCUUGUGAGAAGGGAGCCCAGUGGCAAAUGGCUUUGGAAUUACUACGGGUGAUGCAUUCGAGGUCUGUAAGGGCGAAUGUGAUCAGCUACAAUGCGGCAAUCAGUGCCUGUGAGAAGUGCAGUGAGUGGCAGCGCAGCAUAUGUCUUCUUUUCAUCAUGGGCCAAUUGAGUCUUCACCCGAAUGAGGUAACCUUCAAUGCCGUUAUCGGUGCAUGCCGCCGAGGAGUCAGUGAUGGACAUGCGUCCGGUCAUUUCCAGUCCAGUCAGCACACUGUUCAGAGCUACCUGGCUGAAGGCUGAAGCCGUAGUACCAGCACAACCCAGAAUGACGCAGUUUGAGAAGGGCAUUCAUCCCAUCUCAGCUGCUGAGAAUGGAUUUGAAAUAUAUAUAUAUAUAUUUGUGCGUGCGGCAUUCAUUGAUAUUUCCACUUCCUUCCCGGAUCGUCUCCGUGGCGUCGAAGAAAGGGAGGGGCUUCAAGACGUAGGACGAAAGCGACAUGUUGCAGAGAUCCCGCACCUUCGAGUCGGAAGGCUGAUACAUAGAAAGAACUAAUGUACAUAUUUCACUGAGUGGACUCUUGCAGGACAUGUAAGCGCCGUGCAGCGGUGCCUGUCCUCGAUCGUGAUCAGCUUUCCAAUGUUGAGGCUAGAAAUGAAGACCCUGCCAUUCUUGGGACAUCUUGUAACAUAGUGUGCAGUUGCAGAGCUGAACGGGGAAGAUGCAGCUCCCCCCCAGUCCUGAGUUUUUUUGUUAGCCAACGACUGGCUCACAGUUCACCUUGGAGAUUCACGUGACAGCGAGCUGUGCACGCUAUCUGCACUCACCUGCCUCGCAAUCUGCCUGCUUGAACUCCAGUUGGUUUGUGAUUGCGUUGUAUUUCCCAGCGUGAGUCAACUGUCUUGCUAUCUCGGCCGAACUCUUGAGGUGGAAGAUCAACUGCCAUGAGCCAGCUGCAUGCGAGAUUUGUUCGGAGUUCGUGACUCAUUCAGGGUAAAUCUUCCCCUCUCUCCGAAUGCGGAUUUCUUUAUGGCCUUUCGCAUCCUCAGAAAUCAGAGCGCAAGGAGUUCAAGCGACCCUUCAGCAGUGCCCGUCAGAAAGACCAGACUACUGCGCACCCCGUCAGAGAAACUCCAUUCCAGCCGCAUUUUUUUUUAAAUAUUAUUCCCGCACCUUGGAAUAUGCUGGUGUUGCAGGGCCCUUUCUUCAGCGCAAAAAGUGCUUGAGUUUGAGAGUUUGGGCAAGCUCGCACCAUGCGAGUGGCUUCUUUUGCAUGGGAGAGGUUGCUUAUCUAGAUUUGCUUGGCGAGGCAGGGUGCGGCUAGCGAUGCUCCUGAUUCUGGGGGUGUCGCCAGGCCCUUGUUUCGGCGUUUCCUAAUCCAGGCUGUUUUCAGCGAAAUAAUUGUCUAAGUUUUUGUGCUGAAACGCGCCGACAUCCAGGUCUGGUGGGCGAUGCUGAUGGGGGUGUUGCUGGACCCUGUUCUGGUCCAAGAUUCAAUGAGGUAUCGCAGCAUCAGGGGGUACUUCUUAGCACAAGUUAACAGGUGAAACUUGCAGCCGCUCUUUCCUGCUUCCGG